AUGAAGGCCGCUGCAGCGCUGCUGCGGAAGAAGUGGAACGCCAUCGUCGUUGGCGGAGGACACAACGGGCUCGUCGCUGCUGCGUACCUGGCGAAGGCGGGGAAGAGUGUCUGCGUGUUGGAGAAGCGGCACGUUGUCGGAGGGGCAGCUGUGACGGAGGAGAUCUUCCCUGGGUUCAAGUUCUCCAGAGCGUCGUACGUGUUCUCGCUCUUCCGGCCGCAGAUUAUCAAGGACUUGGAUCUGCACAGACAUGGACUGGAAGUUUUCGUUCGGGAUCCGUCGUCAUUUACUCCGACACGUGACGGUCGCAGUCUCAUUCUGGGGAGUGAUACGAAAAAGUCGCAAGCUAGCAUCGCCCAAUUCUCGACUGCAGAUGCAGAGGCGUACCCUGCGUACAACAAGAUGCUGGAGGAAAUGGUGGAUUUCUUUUUGCCGAUGCUAGACGAGCCACCUCCAGAUCUCUACACCGCUUUCGAUUCGAAGGCCCCGAUAAGUCGGCGCGCGGACGCAGUAAAGGCUAUGGCACUCCUUGACAAGUGGUUCGAAUCGGACGUGCUGAAAGCCACGCUAGCAACGGAUGCAAUCAUCGGCGCAAAGGUUUCCCCCUCUACUCCUGGAUCUGCCUACAUUCUUUUUCAUCACGUUAUGGGAGAAGUGAAUGGGAUCAAGGGAGCAUGGGGACACGUUAAAGGUGGAAUGGGUGGGGUUUCUCAGGCCAUUGCGAAAGCUGCGGUUGAAGCUGGUGCUGAAAUACAUGUUAGCACUCCAGUCCGAUCGAUUAAUGUCGACGGUGGUAAAGCUCGCGGCGUUCGUCUGGAAAGCGGGGAGAUCAUUGAAUCCGACUGCGUCCUGUCAAACGCGAGUCCAGUCACAACAUUGCUCGAUCUGGUUGACAAAAGGGACCUACCGGAGGACGUAGUGACCCAUUUCAAGCGAAACUGGAACAGCGAAUCGGCCUCAACGAAGAUCAAUGUGGCUCUUGAUCAAUUGCCCAACUUCUGUUGCUUUCCAAAUGGCGGCGAUGGCAACACACCAAUGCCGAACCACUACGGCACGAUUCACUUUGAGGACUCGUUGCAGCAGAUCGAGGAUGCGUUUCUGGAUGUCCAAGGUGGAGUUUGUUCGAAAAGACCGAUAAUUGAAAUGAACAUCCCGACGUCACUGGAUCCGACGAUUGCCCCGCCAGGGAAACAUAUCGCUUUGCUUUUCGUGCAAUACACGCCGUACGAACCGAAGGAUGGAAGCUGGAGUCAGCCAGGAAAGAAGGAGCGAUUUGCGAACCAAGUUUUCUCGGUCAUCGACGAGUAUGCUCCGGGUUUCACGAAAUCUAUCAUCGACUACGACAUGCUUACGCCUCCAGACCUUGAGAAAAUAUUUUCGCUUCCACGUGGGAACAUUUUCCACGGCGCAAUGGGAUUUGAUCAGCUCUUCUGGAUGCGCCCAAUGGCCGGAUAUUCAAACUACCGGUCGCCGAUCGAAGACCUGUACCUCUGCUCGGCUGGCACGCAUCCUGGUGGCGGUGUCAUGGGAGCCUGUGGUCGCAACGCAGCCAUGGUAUGCUUGAAAGACCAGAAGCACCGAGCACAUCGAUCCAGCGAAAGUUUAAAACGCGCAGUCAAAAAAUAA